GCAUACCCCAACGCUGGCACAACCGCAACCAGCGGCAGCUCUCGCGUCACUUCACUCAGCUUCAUCCAACUCUGCUGAGCUUAGCUGGUUUCGCUUAGCUCACACCCGCACUCUCUGUCCCCGCCACCUGCUUUUCGCGAGCUCAGCCAUCUUCACGCACGAACCCUCCGUUGCAUCCGCGUUGCGCGGCGGAGCAGACCCGGGAGGCUAGUAUAUUCACCGCGUUAUAGCGGCUUUGAACAUAUGACAGGUCGUAAGGAGAGGAGAUUCCUCUUGAGAGUGCGAAGCGUGGAGGAGAGGGGUUUGGAGAGCCUAGUGUGCCUAUGUCGCACCGUGUAAUCGAGCAUCCGAUACAGCAUGUAAUAAAGCAUGUAAUCAAGCUGCUUCUAUCUCGACGUUGAGCCUGUAUUUCGAGCAAUCACAAGGACAGAAACCGUUCAGGGAGCUAUGGUUGCCGGCAGUGCCGACAGUGGUAACGGCGGCCGUAUUGGCGGGGGUGGCGGUAGUGCCCCUGCUAGUAUUGCUAGUGCCGCUGGUGCAGAGAUUACAUCAGGAGCUGGUGCCUCGAGACACCGGGCUGACAGCGACGAGAGAAGGGGACGCUCACUGCAGCCGCGCACGCAGCUCGCUAUAGUCACAGGCGCCGCGAUCGCUGCUGCUGUGCUGCUGCGGCGACGGCCGUCACUCAACGAGCGACUGAAGCAAGCUGCAGGAGCACACGCAGAGAUCAGGCGAGCUCAAAGCCGGUGGCAGCACCACGCAGCACAGCAGCAGGCAGCAGGGGGGCAUGCAGCAGGGGGGCAUUCAGCAGGGGGGCAUUCAGCAGGGGGGCAUUCAGCAGGGGUGUAUCAGCAACAGGAGGCUGAGCCUUGCUCUCGACAGCAGCCGCACACAGGCCGUGACACGUCGUCCGAGCACAGCCAUAGAGGACCCAGCAGCAGCAGCAGGGCAGGUGUUGCGGGUGCUUCCGCUGAGGCAGCAGGGAGUGCUGGAGUGAGGUCAGGAGAGGCCGUAAAUCAAGGGGCCACGCAACAAGAGAGAGAGCAAGGAGGGAAGGCUUGGGGAGAAGCGGGGUCGAGACUGGGGCAAGAUGAAUCCCGAAGGGUCCGGGGUGGGGAGGGAGGAGAGGAUUUAGGUGGGGGUUACACGAGCGAUGCUGCAGCAGGGAUGCGAGGAGGUGGGGGGGAGGAGCAGCGGGACAGGGAGGAAGGAGCAGGCGAGGGUGGGCCGAAGGGGCAUGCAGAGAGAGAGGAGGAGAGGCUGAGAGAAGAGGCACGGCAGCGGGCAGCGGAUGAGGAGGUGCGGCGGCAGCAGGAUCGGUUCCGGCGGGCGUUCCACCGGUACCAGCACGCGAGCCGGACACAGCACACCUUCGACUGGUACUGGGACGGGCGGUCGUUCGGGCACGGGUGGGAUGAGCGCGAGGAGCAGGCGCGGGAGGAGGAGAAGCGCAGGGGAGGUGGGGGAGGAGGGGGAGGGGGGAGGGGUGGGAGGCUGUGGGAGGAGAUGGAGAUGGUUACGGACCACUGGCAUGCACUGGGACUUGACAGCUCUCGGGGGCACAGCAUUCCAACAUCAGAGAUCAAGGCUGCAUUCCGUGCUAAGGCCAUGGAGCAUCAUCCAGACAGGAACCAAGACAACCAAGAGCGAGCAGCGGCCAAUUUCCGCCGUGUCCUCACUGCCUACGAGUUCCUUUCCUCUCGCGGCAAGCACGCAGCCCGCCGCUAACCCUAGGGACGUCCUUGAGGCCCCUCAAAGCAGUCUCACGGCGCACAGCCCGACGCCGCUGACUCGGCUCGGCACACAGCCCGACACUGCCGUCGACUCGGCACGGCACACAGGCCUCGGGUACCUACCCUUACUGCUGCCAGUUUCUGUUGCCCGAUUAUCUUACAGCGGUAACACUAAUGUUACUGUGUGAGUAGUACCAGCUGGCAGGCAGGGCACCUGGUAAGGUGCCUGGAAACAUUAGUUUUACACUACAAGAGUCUAGACUAGGCCAGGGUGCAGCAGCAUAUGAAUGAAUCAUUCUCUAAGAUAGGUACGUGAAUCGCCUGCAAAAUUUCCUGCAGAUAGACUGCAGGUUACAGCUCAGGGUUUCGGGUUUACCUGCCAUCUAUCCAUCCAAUCCAACGCAGGCAGGCAGGUAAUGAAUCAGUAGCUGGUAGGAGAAGCCCCUUUUUUGUUGAAGUAUACUCAUUCAUCCCUAACU